CUUGCGAACCAACAUUGUUGAAAAAAGGGGACAUAAAAAAUGAGAAUACCGACAAGGAACGCGUCCCUGGCCACCUGAGUGGAAGUCUGCCCGGUGCUGUUCUCGUUUCUAGAUCAAACACUGUGACAUUGCCGCCGCGCUCUUCUCUCGUCGACCUUCGUUUGUUCGUCGUCUGCGUUCAGUCGACGUCACAGCGUGGUAUUGAUCGCUGUGUUGUUGAUUUCGGCGAGGGGAAUCUGCCGACGUUCUACUAGGACUGGAAGGAUGUACAGACGCUCUAGGUCGGUGGAUCCUAAUGAGUCUCGGUCUGUAGUGGAGAGAGACCGGGUCACCACCAGACCAUGGGCAGGUGCCCGCCCCAGACCCGAGAGAGCGAGCCGGACCUACAACAGAUCGAGCCGCAGGAUGACGGAGACUGACGCCGCGCGACUAGAGGAGAAACUCAAAGAGUUCCAGGAGGAACUAGAGAGGGAGAAGGACGAGCAUCAAAUCCCGGAAGAGCCCGUCUCGAUGUCGGUGGACGCGGACGUGAAGGUGGAGCGGCGGAAGCGGAACCUGAUCUUCGACGAAGAGCGUUUUGAGGAGACGUUCCUUAAGUGCCUCAUCUGCCGCGAGAACUACAACUCGCACGACAAGCUGCCCAAGAUGCUGCCCUGCCACCACACGUUCUGCCUCGACUGUCUGCGCCAGAUGUGGCGCGUCGAGGGCGAGUUCCGCGUCAACCUCACAUCCGCAUUCAGGGGAAACAUGCCGCUCGCCGUCAAGAUCCAGUGCCCGACAUGCCGCGACGGAUUGAUCACGUCCGAGGCGGAGGUGUGCCGUCUGCCCAACGACCACACGAUCGUCGAGUUGCUCACGUUCGUGACAGCCACGGGCAAGUCCGACGUCCAGUACUGCAGCAAGCACCAGAUGCAGCCGCUCAACUUCUUCUGCGAGCCGUGCAUCGCUCCCGUCUGCUGCGACUGCACCGUGCUCGACCACAAGGAGUCGCAGGGCCACGUGGUCGUCAACGUGGACGAGGCCCUGGAGAAGUACACGCCCAUCGUGGACAAGACGAUGGAGGACAUAUCGGCCGAGCGGGAGGUCCUCGACCAACAGCGCAACAACCUGCUGAAGGCCGGCGAGAACAUGAACGAGAUCGAGUUCGCGAUCGGGAAGAAGAUCCGAGACGCAUUCAACAGACUACGGGACACCGUCGACGAGCGGGAGAAGGAACUCUUCCAGCUGUCCGAGUUCGAGAUCAACCGGAAGCGACAGCUGCUUGAAGGUCACCUGCAGAAGGUCACGGACCGGGAGAGCGCGCUGAAGACCCAGUUUGACGCGCUGCAGCAGGCUAGGUCUCACAAGGACAUCAGCACGAUGUUUAGCGGACACAAGGCGUCCACAGACGUCCUGUCCCAGGAGGUUGCUAUAGACACGCACUGCACGGACACAUUCUCCGUUUCAUUCGGUUUCAACGAAACGGACGAACAGAAAAUCUGCGAUUCCGUCACUAAUAUGGGUGACAUCAUGUUUCAAGAAUAAACUAGCCUUAGACUCGCUCUGUACAUUGAUACUAUUUGUGUUUCCAGUUGGUGCAUUAACAACACAUUCCGUCGACAGAUGUAUAAGAAGUCGAAACUUUCGAUGAUGCAAAUUGCCAGUGAUUUUAAACUGUGAUUUUUGCUUAUCAGGUGGAUACAGCUGCAUUCUUGAGUUCCAGUAUAUUGUAGAUAAAAGACUUAAAAUAUGGUGAUUUUUAACAGUGAGAAUACCGUUAUGGCUACACUUAGUUCUGAUGAAUAUCAUAACAGUAACACCAAGGCGCAAAUCCCAGUAUUCCUUGAUCCGUACGCGGAUAUGUAUACGUAAUCCAUAAUGCGUAGAGUGAUCGGAUACGCAGACGCGUACCACAUACAUGUACGUACAGAGACGCGUACCACAUACAUGUACGUACAGAGACGCGUACCACAUACAUGUACGUACAGAGACGCAUAAAUGAUAUCUACGCAACCUAUCUGUAUAGAAAGUUGUUAAGAUCACGCAUUGCAGAUUAUGUAUUCGUAUACGCACACGAAUUAGAGACAAACUGAAUCUGCGCCUACGACUGUCUUGUGUCUAAUUUAAAACUGUCUUGUGUCUAAUUUAAAACUGCGCCGCAAGUGGUGAACAUGUAGAACAAACGUUUUGGGAAGCAAUUGAUUGGACUUGUCAAUGUGUCGGGUAUCUGAUCAUACUGUGCCUCGCUGCGUGUUAAAGAACAACGCCUUGCCAGUGUUGUUUAGUUCACGGCAGUAGCCGUGGGUGAUGUCUGGCAGAUCUCUAUCCUAACAGUGUUAAAGAACAACGCCUUGCCAGUGUUGUUUAGUUCACAGCGGUAGGCGUGGGUGAUAUCUGGCAGGUCUGUAUCCGAAAACUGUUCAAGAAUGCUUGUCGUGGACCAAACCCUUGACUUCGCUGGAUAGUUCUAUAAAAAGAGGGAGAUAACGAUUUACCACUGACAUAAAUUAAAUCAGUGCUUGACACACGAAUUCUGUAUAAGGCAUUAUUUGCUACUAACGUUAUGCAAGCAGAAUAAACCUAUAAAACCAAUAAGAGAUAUCUGGCAAGUUCUUGUUCAUGUGACUAUCUCGGGUUAACAUUAACUGCACGGUGAAGUCAGUUUGGAGAGGUUAAUCUUCAGGUUUGACAUGACGUCACGGGAGGAUAUUUUAUGACCAGUAAAUGGGUGAUAUUCAUAUCACGUCAAUACACUGCAGUUAUUCCGUCACAGCAAGUUAUCCACGCACGUGUAUUUAUUUGUGUAAAUAGUUAACAAGCUUAGCUUCUAUAGCAAUGGCAGUAAGUGUAUCCUGCACAUGAACCACGUUUUACAGUAGCUUUUUGUUCGUUUUGAACAUUCCUGUUUCACCAUUCCAGCUGUUUCCCAAUCCAACCUAAUACAUGGCUAAAACGUAGAACAGAGUAAACUUCAGUUUUAUAUUUUUAAUAAUAGAAACAGAAUUACCAUGUUUAUUUAAGUUACUCUCUCUCUCUCUCUCUCUCUCUCUCUCUCUCUCUCUCUCUCUCUCUCUCUCUCUCUCUCAGUCUCUCUCAGUCUCUCUCUCUCUCUAGUGUUGCCGUUAAUUGUAAUUGUCCACCAUACACUAAUGCUCAUAUUACAUACAUUAAUAGUUUUAUAUUGGCUUGCAAUAAAUGUAUUAUAUUGACUAGAAAACCAACACGUUUUCAUUUUGCCUAAAUGUUUAAAACGUCCGCAGUAUUUAUUACCCCAUCCGUGCCUAAUGCCACACAACAUCGUAAGGGUUUGGGUUUGGGUUAGGGUUAGGGUUAGGGUUUGGUUUACGUUCUGCGCGUAAACAAUUCCACGACUAGACCACAAUUCGUAUUACUACCAACCGCACAACUAAUAUGGGUUAAAGUUCACAUAGAUCUUUGUUUUAAUCCUUGAAAUGCUCCAACUUCCGUAAUGAUGUAAUUGUCUGCGUGAAAUGGAUGCCAAUCACGUGUAAACGUGUGACCGUAAGUCGCAGACGUAAACGAUAUUUUGUGAAAUGGGUCCCCGAAUACUAUGCUACACGAACAUGUACAUCUAUCAGUGUCUGAUAACAGUAUUUAUAUGUUCUAUACAUGUUUAGCGAUAUCUGAUAACUAUUUAUAUACAUAGUACGCAUUUUUAUAGCAGCAAUGGUGCUAGUGUUUUUAUGUGUACAGACAAACUGGCGACUUCGUAUUAAACGUUUCUUUUAAUU